UUCAGCACCAGGGAGAGCGCCCGCACAGCACCGCACCGCACCGCUCCGCACCGCUCCGCACCGCCCCGCGCCGCGCCGAGCCGGGCCGGGCCGCGCCGGGGCCGCGGAUGGGGCCGCGCUGAGCCGGGCGGGCGGCCCGCGGGCCGGGCGGGCGGGAGGGCGCGGGGGGCCCGGCGGGCUCCGGGCCGCCCGUGGAUGAGCACCAUGCGGCUGCUGCUUCUCGCCCUCCUCUUCUCCUCCUCCUUCGCCCGCGCCGGCUGCGACCCCAAGAUCGUCAACAUCGGCGCGGUGCUGAGCACCAAGAAGCACGAGCAGAUCUUUCGCGAGGCGGUGAACCAGGCCAACAAGCGGCACGGCACCUGGAAGCUCCAGCUCAACGCCACCUCCGUCACCCACAAGCCCAACGCCAUCCAGAUGGCCCUGUCCGUCUGCGAGGACCUCAUCUCCAGCCAGGUCUAUGCAAUAUUAGUUAGUCACCCUCCUGCUCCCAACGAUCACCUAACACCAACACCUGUAUCAUACACAGCUGGCUUCUACAGGAUCCCUGUCAUUGGUCUGACAACACGCAUGUCUAUAUAUUCUGAUAAGAGCAUCCACCUGUCCUUUUUGCGCACGGUCCCACCAUACUCUCACCAGGCCAAUGUCUGGUUUGAGAUGAUGAGAGUCUUCAACUGGAAUCACGUCAUUCUGAUAGUCAGUGACGACCACGAAGGUCGUGCUGCACAAAAGAAGCUGGAGACCCUCCUGGAGGAGAAAGAGUCCAAGAGUAAAAAAAGGAACUAUGAAAACCUCGACCAACUUUCCUAUGACAACAAGCGAGGACCCAAGGCUGAGAAAGUGCUUCAGUUUGACCCUGGAACCAAAAAUGUGACAUCGCUGCUGCUGGAGGCGAAGGAGCUGGAGGCUCGGGUCAUCAUCCUCUCUGCCAGGGCGCUUGCUUGUCCCCAAGCCCUGUUCAUGGGAGCAAAGCUGGAGCAGCCAGCGAGCCCAGGAGUGCCGACCCGCCUCCUCCUCUCCUCUCGGGCAGGAGUGAUCGGUUUGCAGCUCAUCAAUGGGAAGAACGAGUCCGCCCACAUCAGUGACGCUGUUGCCGUGGUGGCACAGGCCGUGCACGACUUGUUUGAGAAGGAGAACAUCACAGACCCACCACGGGGCUGCGUGGGCAACACCAACAUCUGGAAGACAGGACCCCUUUUCAAGAGGGUGUUGAUGUCCUCCAAGUACUCGGAGGGUGUCACCGGCAGGGUGGAGUUCAAUGAGGAUGGGGACAGGAAGUUUGCCAACUACAGCAUCAUGAACCUGCAGAAUCGGAAACUGGUCCAAGUUGGGAUUUACAACGGCAGCAAUGUCUUGACCAACGACAGGAAGAUUAUCUGGCCCGGGGGGGAAACCGAGAAACCUCAAGGCUAUCAGAUGUCGACCAAGUUGAAGAUCGUGACGAUCCACCAGGAGCCCUUUGUGUAUGUGAAGCCCACCCAAGCAGAUGGGACGUGCAGGGAGGAAUUCACCAUCAACGGAGAUCCUGUGAAAAAGGUCUUCUGCACUGGGCCCAACGAGACCAUCCCAGGCCGUCCCACAGUGGCUCUGUGCUGCUACGGCUUCUGCAUCGACCUGCUCAUCCGCCUGGCAGGGGUCAUGAACUUCACCUAUGAGGUUCACCUGGUGGCUGAUGGUAAAUUUGGUACCCAAGAGCGGGUGAACAACAGCAACAAGAAGGAGUGGAAUGGGAUGAUGGGGGAGCUGCUGAGUGGCCAAGCAGACAUGAUUGUGGCUCCCCUCACCAUCAACAACGAGCGGGCUCAGUACAUCGAGUUCUCCAAGCCCUUCAAGUACCAGGGACUCACCAUCCUUGUGAAGAAGGAAAUCCCCCGCAGCACCUUGGACUCAUUCAUGCAGCCCUUCCAGAGCACCCUCUGGCUGCUGGUGGGGCUGUCCGUGCACGUGGUGGCAGUGAUGUUGUACCUCUUAGACCGAUUCAGCCCCUUUGGCCGGUUCAAAGUAAACAGUGAGGAGGAGGAGGAGGAUGCCCUGACCCUCUCCUCGGCCAUGUGGUUCUCCUGGGGGGUCCUGCUGAACUCUGGCAUUGGAGAAGGUGCUCCCCGGAGUUUCUCUGCCCGUAUUCUUGGCAUGGUGUGGGCUGGCUUUGCUAUGAUCAUUGUGGCCUCAUACACUGCCAACCUGGCAGCCUUCCUGGUGUUAGACAGACCUGAGGAGAGAAUCACAGGCAUCAACGACCCCAGGCUGCGCAACCCCUCCGACAAGUUCAUCUACGCCACGGUGAAGCAGAGCUCCGUGGACAUUUACUUCCGACGGCAGGUGGAGCUGAGCACCAUGUACCGGCACAUGGAGAAGCACAACUACGAGAGCGCUGCCGAAGCCAUCCAGGCAGUGAGGGACAACAAGCUCCACGCCUUCAUCUGGGACUCGGCCGUGCUGGAGUUCGAAGCCUCCCAGAAGUGUGACCUGGUGACGACGGGGGAACUCUUCUUCCGCUCCGGCUUCGGGAUCGGGAUGCGCAAGGACAGCCCGUGGAAGCAGAACGUCUCCCUGGCCAUCCUCAAGUCCCACGAGAACGGUUUCAUGGAGGAUUUGGACAAGACUUGGGUGAGGUAUCAGGAGUGUGAUUCCCGUAGCAAUGCCCCAGCAACACUCACCUUUGAGAAUAUGGCAGGUGUGUUUAUGCUGGUGGCUGGAGGUAUUGUUGCCGGGAUAUUUUUAAUAUUCAUAGAAAUAGCUUACAAAAGACAUAAGGAUGCGCGGAGGAAGCAGAUGCAGCUGGCGUUUGCGGCCGUUAAUGUGUGGAGGAAAAACCUGCAGGAUAGAAAAAGUGGUAGAGCAGAACCUGACCCUAAAAAGAAAGCCACUUUUAGGUCCAUCACCUCCACCCUGGCCUCCAGCUUCAAGAGACGUAGGUCCUCCAAGGAUACGCAGUAUCACCCCACUGACAUCACUGGCCAGCUCAACCUCUCCGACCCCUCAGUCAGCACUGUGGUGUGACCUUCUCUCUGAGGGCCAUCAGUCCUUGCCCAACACAGUAGGAAGGCAUAGCCAGGACUGCCUUUCAAGGGACACUGAUGGGUUCUUCCAAGUGAGAUGGGAGGAAAGCAUCCUUCAUCCAUACACAGUGACUCCAUUGUAUAAUAUCUCCCUCCCUUCCCAGGCCUGCUGCCAUGCUCGUGCCCCAGAACGCAGGGCAGAACCAGGACACGGUUUGGACUCCGCUGUACAGAGAUCAUUGCUGCCAAGCAGAUAAUCAGGUAAUCAGGAUUACCACUGACUGGCUCCAUGCAAGGGGAAAGGACUGUGGAAGGCACACGGUACCUGCUCUCCCAUGCUAGUGGGGAAGAGCUGGUACCAGACCACAAACACGUGCUCCACUGUGCAGGCUGCAGGCUUCUCAGCGCACACAUGGCCCCUCAAGAGUGUGCUCCACCUUUCCCACCACCUGGAGGGCUCCAGUGCAAUGUGCCCAUGGUCCUGAGUAGCUGGAGCAGCUGUUGUGGUUUGCCAGGUUGGGCACGUUCCUGCUGUGCCAAAUGACCCCCACGUCUGCCACAGGGGCUGGAAGAUGUGUGCUCUGCUCCUCACAAGGUGUGACCCCCCUGGUCCUCCCUCCCAGCAGCUCCUGGCUGUGACUCAGCUCCUGUAGGUGGUCUGUU